AUGACGACUAUUGAAGCGCAUCCCGUCGUAGACGCUGACGAUAACGAUAAUGCAUCCUCCACAGACAGCUUGAGAAGCUCAAUUCUUGACUUCCGUCAAGAAAAUGGAAGAACAUACCAUGCUUUCCGAGACGGCAAAUACAAUCUCCCAAACGAUGACGAGGAGAACGAAAGAUUAGAUCUGCAACAUAACUUGUUCUUGCUCACUCUUGAUAACAAGCUCGGUCUGAGCCCUCCUAACCAUCCCGACUCCAAAGUUAAGCGCGUCCUCGAUGUUGGCACUGGAACCGGUAUCUGGGCGAUUGACUUUGGCGACGAACAUCCCGAGGCAACUCCGCUGACAAAACAGGUCAUUGGCGUUGACCUCUCGCCGAGCCAGCCGAACUUUGUGCCACCGAACGUUCGCUUCGAGAUUGAUGAUAUCGACGAGGAAUGGACUUACAGCGAGCCGUUCGACUUUAUUCACAGCAGAUUUAUGAACUUUAGCAUUCAGAACUGGAAGUCGUACUUCACCAAGAUCUACCAGAACUUGGCUCCAGGCGGUUAUGUUGAACUGCAAGAUGUCGAUGUCAUAAUGGGCAGCGACGAUGGCACCCUCAAGGAAGACCAUACCAUGUACAAAUGGUGCCGCCUUCUCGACGAAGCAGCCGGAAAGUUCAACCGCUCUUUCGAACGCACCUCCAACUUCAAGGAUAUGCUGAAAGAGGUCGGAUUCGUGGAUGUUGUUGAGACGCGCUACAAGUGGCCUACCAACCAUUGGCCCAAGGACAAGAAGUACAAGGAGUUGGGCCAGUGGAACAACGUCAAUGCAGCCUCUGCUCUGGAGGCGCUGACUAUGGCGCCUUUCACGAGAGGACUGGGCUGGAGCCGUGAGGAGGUAGAGGUGUUAUUGAUGAAGCUGAGACAGGACUGGAAUAACCCAAAGAUCCAUGCUUAUUGGCCCAUUUGCGUUACUUAUGCUAAGAAGCCUGAAGCGUAG